GUGAUACAGUAGCUCACUACAACCUGUCUUCUCGUAGCUACUCGGUCUGGUCUUGCGAUUAAAAAGGUAACAAUUUUCCUGUAGGAAUUUGCAACGUAUCAGUAGCUACAGUAGCCCUAUUGCUCAACAGAUUAUAAUGACAGCCAACCCUUGGAUUGAAGUGAAAUGACAGUCGUUUAUUUGUACAUUUUAACGUGAUAUCUCCUGAAACCGGGAAAUAACAGCAGGGGUACAUCGCUUGCGUUAUAUAGGCCCUAUCUUAAAUAAACAUUUGACUAAAGCCCAUUUUAGUCUAUAAUGCCUCCACAAGACGUCGAUCACAUUGGUUUAAAAUGUUUCCGCAUUUUAUAAUAGGACGGCGUUAUUAAAUAGCCAUGUUGAUAAGAAGGACCAUUCGGAUUUGUAAAGAUUACCGAGAAGUGCAGUGCACAAGACUGCCUCCUUGUCGCUCUUUUUGAGAAGGGAUUGGCAAUGCACUAGUUGACAGGAAGAACAUAUUAUACCUGAGACUUCCCUAAAGAAACUGUAUAGGCCGGGGAUGGAUGCCUUAUGUCACGUGAGCCCAUUCUAUAUGUGUGCCCAUUCUAUAUAAUAAUAAUAAUAAUAUGCCAUUUAGCAGACGCUUUUAUCCAAAGCGACUUACAGUCGUGCGUGCAUACAUUUUUGUGUAUGGGUGGUCCCGGGGAUCGAACCCACUACCUUGGCGUUACAAGCGCCGUGCUCUACCAGCUGAGCUACAGAGGACCACAUAUGCUUCUUAGACUAUAUACAAUAGUCAUAGUGUGAGAUAGAUUAAAUGAAAAACUGUAAAAACAUUACAUUAACGGAUAGCAAAUAGUGACAGUGAUAUACAGUAUGUGUAUAUUAUUGAGUUUGUUUAAACAUUUAUACAAUUUAUCGACCAACAUACCUAUGAGUAUUCCUGAUUUUACCAUUGUAUGACUAAGGCCAGGAGUUUUUCCCGAUCAUUUGGCCUGACCAGGAAAAACUCCUGGCCUCCGAUAUGAUACCAGUUUAUUUUCUGGUAAUAAAUGUGUUAUGAUGUUUGUUUGUCCCCUUGUUCAUGCAGGAUGGCAGAGCCUGAGCCGCCCCUCUCAUGUGACUGCUUUGUAUCCCUGCCCCCCGGCUCGCAAGAUGAUCACGUGAUCUUUGGGAAGAACUCGGACCGUCCUAGAGAUGAGGUCCAGGAGGUUCUUUACUACCCAGCAACCAGUCACCCAUCUGGGACCAUGCUGGAGGUAAGCUAGGCCUAGCUUCACUUCACCCCAUAGAUUGACCCUGCUGCAAACCACAACCAUGCUGCCAUCUUGGAUCGGGGCUCUCUUUAAAAAGAGAUUUGAUCUCAAUGAGAUGAAACCUGGAUGAAUCAUGGUUAAAGAACUAAAAUCCAUCUGCCCUCUGAGUAUUGUAUGUAGGCCGGUAGUCAGAGUGUAGGCCUUUAUGUUAAAAAUGGUCACAACAGGUGUUUUGCUCUGUGACCAACAUCACUAAUUGGAUUAGAGUUGUUUUCACUGGUGAGCAGUCAGUCUGGGCAAGAUAACGGAGAAGGGUCAUCAAAGCUCUAAAAUACCCGUCCUUUGUAUACACAAUCAACAUUUUCUAAUUUACUAUUCACAAAGUUUAAAGUUUGAAUGAUAGACUAUCAUUUAUACGUAUUUUUACGCCUUCAUGUUAUCAACGGUUUAUAUGACAGGCUUAAGGUAUUGGCUGAGUACGUGUUGGUAUGGUUUGCCAGUAGAUUUUAUGUUACAAUCAAAUAAAAAGAGAAUUGAACAACAAUGUGAGUCUCCAUCUCUCGUCCUACAGUGCACGUACAUUCAGAUCCCCCAAGCAGAACACACCCAUGCUGUGGUCCUCAGCCGGCCUUCCUGGCUGUGGGGGGCCGAGAUGGGGGCCAACGACAAGGGGGUCUGCAUCGGGAACGAGGCUGUGUGGACCCGUGAAGCCAUCGAUCCAGGGGAAGCCCUGCUAGGAAUGGACCUGGUCCGGUAAGCACUGCUAACCCUAAGUCAGCAUUCCAAACAGUAGUGUUGUUUUGGGGGCCAAGUGAAUCCUAACUUCAGAAUCACAUCACUCAAAGUUUGGUGUGAAUAAUCAAUGCAUUGAUGUAACUGGUACAUUUGUUGAAAUGUAGAUAUACUUGCACAUCUCCAGUUAGGAUUUCAGCCUGUAGUCAGAAAAGCAAUAUAGAGCUUUGCAGUAGAAGAUAGGCUACUGUAAAUGUACUAGGUAGACUUCCUUCAUCACAGGUUAAUACUUACAUGUGUGUGUAGGGACUAGUUGUGUAAACAAAGAUAGGCCUACUGCCGAAACAUUGCUAUGGGAGUUUUGAUUGAAUCCGGCCCAAGUGUGUUUUCACUUAUGUCAUAAAGCUGUCUUUACAUUGUCAUAAGCAUAACAUAAGAUUUCAUAAACAGGGUUGAAUCAAAAUCCUUAUUUAUUCAUCUCUGCAUACGCAGUUUAAUGGAUUUUGUAGUGUAACGCUGAACAAAUCAAUGUAACAGUUAGCAGUUGGCAAAGGCAGCCGCAGGUUGCUCCUGUUGUACCACUGACUGCAGUGGUAUAUCAGCAGCAUGACUCUAACCUACUCCAGGGGUUGCAGCUCUGUGGCUGACCCUGUGCUGCUACCAGCCUCUCAGGUGUGUGUAUGUGUGGUGUCUGGGGAAUAAUAUAAUUUCUAUUUGAUUCUAUUCUACUCAUAAUCUAUUCUGUUCUACCGCUAUACUUCUAUUCUACCGGUAUUCUACUCUACUCUACACUACUCUAUUGACAGCUUGGGGUUGGAGCGUGCGGACAGUGCCUGGGGGGCGGUGAGUGUGAUCACUGGUCUGCUGGAGCAGCACGGCCAGGGGGGGCCAUGCAGGGAGGACCCGGCGCCCUUCAGCUACCACAACUCCUUCCUCCUGGUGGACCGCAAUGAGGCCUGGGUCCUGGAGACCGCCGGCAAGCUCUGGGUGGCACAGAAAGUCACAGGUGAGGAAACUGUUCUAACACCGUGGGAGCUGUAGCGUGAAUGAACUUUGUGGGGGGAAACUGAGGGUGGCACAGGAAGUUACAUGGUGAGGAAAUUGCUGUAACACCACUGGAGCUGUAGUGUGGACAGUAAUCUGUUUUGAAACAGAGGUUGGUUUUGGGGUGAUCUCUGUUAAGAAGUCAAAUCUUGCAUAACUUGGUCAGCUGAGUGAUUCAUUUCUUUGUUCAUACAGUAGGUGUUAGAAAUUGAAGUCUUCACCCUCGCAUAAAGAAAUCUCUCAGCCAAAGCCCCCCCCCCCCCCCCCUCUCUCCUUCCGAUCCGUGUGGGCACACGUGCGAACCACUCGAGGCAAAGUAGUUUAAGCACUGCCUUCGCCCAAUCCUGAUACGUGCAAAUAACCAGUGACGAAAACCCCAAAACCGGAAACAAAUGCUGCUCCUUAUCUCACACAUCCCAUUCAGUCUCUGCAGAUUCUUCUCGGUCUACACGCAAAAUCUGCUCACGGGAGAUUCGUUUUGUGGUUUUACCCUUAUGGUUAAGGUUAGGAUUGGGGGAUGGUAAGCUGAUCCUAGAACGGUGCGUAUCUGAGCAACUUCUACCAGCAGCAUACAACUAUGCACCCCCCCCCCCCACCUGUCUUUGCUUCCCACAGAGGGGGUGAAGAACAUCUCUAAUGCGCUGACGAUUGGGACGGAUAUCUCGGCGGAGCACCCAGAGCUGCGGAGUGUGGCCCAGGCCCAGGGUUGGUGGAGCGGCGAGGGAGAGUUCUGCUUCAACGAGGUGUUCAAGUCUGAAAACCCCCCCGCCAGGAUGGAACUGGCCAAGAAGCGCUACAGUGGGGGCACACAGCUCCUCCAACAGCAUGAUGGUGAGGGAGACUAUUCUUUCUAUUCUAUUCUAAUCUAAUUCAACACAUUCAACUCCUAAUAACUGUAAAAACUCCCAAAAUGAUGUUAAAGCAGGCUCUAUUAACAACACUAUACAUGGUUGGUUAGGUUGGCGUAUUGCUUAUACAGCUAUUUUUACGUACAUGUAAUAAAGGCCUGGUAUCCCCUCUUACCAUAGAAAGUAAGUUGAAUGUAACUAGCUAUCUAGCUAUGCCAUUUCCUGUCUCCUGUCAUUUCCUUUCCCAUAAAAAUAUACGACUAAUAGCCUACUUAGACAAUACAUUUUCUGGGUUCCCCAGGUUCUGUGACGGCCAAGGUGAUGAUGUCCAUCCUGAGGGACAAGCCCAGUGGGAUCUGCAUGGACUCUGGGGGGUUCCGCACCACUGGCAGCAUGGUGUCCAUCCUGCCCCGCGACCCCAGCCUGCCCUGCAUCCACUUCCUCACUGCCACCCCCGACCCCUCCAGGUGCGUCACCUCACCGGCCUGGUCCCAAACUAAUCACUCUGACCCUAACCCCAUUGUUGUCUGCUCCUUGUGUUUAAUCUGAAUGGGCUGGAUAAGUGUGUUUACCAGAGAGCUAUGUUGUAAUGUUACUAUUUUGCUGAUACCUUUCCAGUUCUUCCAGAUUUGCAAGAGGGACUCAACAAGGGUGUAGGAGAAGUGGCAAGGGAUUGGUUUGGAACCAGUCCCAGGAACCCCUCAGGCUAUCUGGAAGUGCUUCUUAAGAUUCAGACUCAGAUAACCUCUUUGCCUUUUAUCUCUGUAUCGCUCUUCUUCAUCUUCAUCAUUUCCUCCUUUGGCAAAACUGCGUCUUGAUUGGAGUUUCUCUGUGUCUGUGUGUUUCAUUUGGUCCUUACCCCUCCCCUCCUCCUUCUGGGCUGUCCUCCACCCUGCCAGGUCUGUUUUCAAGCCUUUUAUCUUCUCUGAGUCUGUGACCCCAGUGUCGAGGGUGAUCUCCCCACAGUACGGCCCAGACGACCCGGUCAGAAAGCAGCCGCGCUUCCAGAGCCAAGUGGACCGCAGGCAUGACCUGUACAAGGCCCAUGAGGGGGCCCUGCAGACUAUGGAGACCAACCCGGUACGUGUAGGAGGGGUUAGAAUCAAAUAUGGGGAGAAUAUGCCAUGGCCCUACUGUAAUAGGCUACAAUUUCAUACAGUAUUUGCAGCAGAUCCUCUUUUUUACAUUGAUGAGUGUGGGUAUGGACUGAUGGAUAUUAUAUUAUGUACAUCACCGACUACGAACUGUAUUUUUGCAUGUGUUUGUUUCUGUCCCUCAGGAUGCAGGGAAUGCUCUAACGGAGACGUUGAGGAUGUUGGAGGGCCAGUGUCUGACGGACAUAGCAGCCCUGCUAAGUGGAGAAACACCAGCAGAUGAGGAGCUGGGGGACCUGUUCUUUGACUGUGUGGACACGGAGCUGAAGUUCUACCAGUGAGGAGGUAAGAACUGUGUGUGUGUGUGUGUGUCUCUAUGUGUUUCAGAAGUACAGUAACCUUCUCAUUACUCCAAUGUUGCCUCCAAUUGCUCUCUGUUACAGCGCCCUCAUGUGGAGAUCGAUAGUGCUUGCAGAUCGGCAGGAGAUGGCCCUGGGACUGUAACAUCCUGUGCUCCUGUUAGAUUGGCUCCCUCCCGUCUCACGCAUACAAACCCCCUGAUGCCAUUCCAUCCAUAAUUAACACAGAAUAUAAAUGUCUUAACGUUCCAAGGGAUUGGAGCAUCAUUAACAUCUGUACCACCCCAGGGAGCAAUGCUCGCACCACAUUAGUGAGUAUGUGAUGGACCACUACAGGAGUGUAUGUAUGUGACUAUGUGUAGAUCUGUUUGACAUUAAAACACCUACUGUAAGUAUGCCAUUUGUAAAACGUGCUAUUCAUUGUUGCAAGUGAAUGGGGGUUAGUUGACUUGACUGCCCCCAUGGGAAUUAACUAAUAAAAUAUUAGCUCUGUCUGCUGAUGUGUCUGUCCUGUAUUAACACUGUAGUUUAAAACAAACACUGCAGUAUUCAAUUCAGUAAUUCAGUGUGUACUGACGUAAUAUUUAGUACAGUUAAGUAAAGAAGUAAAGAAUUCAACAAAUA